GUGAACACCGUCAAUGAGAAGAUGGCCGCUGUGUUCGGUGGAAGUGUCGCCAUUGUUUAGUGUUUUAAUUUGUUGUUAAUAACCGAGUGUGUGUUGAGGAUCGUUUAUUUAUUUUGGGAACUUAAACCGACGGAGAAGAUGCCGAGUGCACCGUUCAGUUCCUCACGUAAUUACGUUAGACGUUCCAGAAGGAGGACUGCCAACAGGAUUCCUCUGCCAUCAAGAACAUCAUCGGUUGAACCAUGUGAUCUUCUUUGUCCAGCGUCGAACCCAAUGCCAUUGAGCGGUGGAGGAGCCGGUGGAGCUCGUGGAUCGUCACCAAGUGUUUCAGGCGUAGCAGCCCCCUCACCCUCGCCAAACCAUUCACACUCAUCGCCGUAUGACCUGAGACGGAAAAGCCCACCACAUCCGGAUCCAGCACCAGGUUCCAGUUCGGCAUUACCUCCUCAGGGUGGGAGUAGCAUCGUUGCUGCACUUGGUUCCUUUUCUCUGCCAGCGAGAAAACGACCCAGACGAACAUGCUCACUGUCAACCGAUGGUACCAACACGAACACAGCGGCACACUAUCUCUUGUAUGAACUCCCAGACGAGGUGUUGCUGACGAUAUUCAAUUUCUUCCUGGAAAUAGACCUAUGCCGUAUGUCACAAGUUUGCAAACGUUUUCAAGCAAUCGCCAACGAUACUGAACUUUGGAAAUCACUCUAUCAGCAAGUAUAUCAAUAUGACUUGCCGCUAUUUAAUCCAGCACCCUGUAAAUUUGAAUUUGUAUCGCCGGAUGACUCUGAUUAUCCAAAUCCCUGGAAGGAAAGUUUUCGACAGCUGUAUCGAGGAGUUCACGUAAGACCUGGUUUUCAAGAUCUUAAAUUUAAGGGUAGAAAUUUGCCAUACUUUAACACUGUACAAGGAGCUCUUGAUUACGUUGAUGAGUACAGAAGUAAUAAUGGAAAUAACACGGCAAGUGGGAGCACCAGUAGCACUUCCAGUCAAAACAGUAAUGCCUCAUCUUCAACGUCAAAUAGUCAAAAUAAUGGUUGCGCUAACAUCGCUACACUAUUUCCAGAGGAUGCGCCUCAACAUAUUAUUUUCUUACACGCUGGUACAUAUCGUGGCGAGUUUCUCGUUAUUGACAGUGACGUUGCGCUUAUUGGAGCUGCUCCUGGCAAUGUUGCUGAGUCGGUAAUUCUCGAACGUGAAAGUGAAUCCACGAUGAUGUUUGUUGAGGGAGCUAAACGUGCAUACGCUGGACAUCUUACUUUAAAAUUCACACCGGAUGUAACCAGUACAGUGCCCCAUCACAAACAUUAUUGUCUUGAAAUAGGAGAAAAUUGCAGUCCUACGAUAGAUCACUGUAUAAUUCGAAGUUCCAGUGCCGUGGGUGCAGCUGUCUGUGUAUCCGGUGGCGGUGCAAAUCCAAUAGUUAAGAAUUGCGACAUUUCAGACUGUGAAAAUGUCGGGCUUUAUGUUACUGACCACGCACAAGGUACCUACGAGGAUAAUGAAAUAUCUCGGAAUGCUCUUGCCGGUAUUUGGGUAAAAAAUUACGCAAAUCCAAUAAUGCGACGGAAUCACAUACAUCACGGUCGUGAUGUUGGUAUAUUCACAUUCGAUAAUGGACUUGGUUACUUUGAGGGUAAUGACAUUCACAACAAUCGUAUUGCCGGUUUUGAAGUUAAGGCAGGCGCAAAUCCCACAGUUACCCAAUGUGAAAUUCAUCAUGGUCAAACUGGUGGUAUUUAUGUUCACGAGAAUGGUCUUGGCCAAUUUAUUGACAACAAAAUUCAUUCGAAUAAUUUUGCUGGUGUUUGGAUAACUUCUAAUUCGAAUCCAACUAUACGUCGUAAUGAAAUUUACAACGGUCAUCAAGGUGGUGUUUACAUAUUUGGUGAGGGUAGAGGUUUGAUUGAGCAUAACAAUAUUUACGGGAAUGCUCUUGCUGGUAUUCAAAUACGAACCAAUUCAGAUCCAAUUGUUAGACACAAUAAAAUUCAUCACGGUCAACACGGUGGUAUUUAUGUUCAUGAAAAAGGGCAAGGGCUUAUAGAAGAAAAUGAAGUUUAUGCAAAUACUUUGGCUGGUGUUUGGAUCACUACUGGAUCGACGCCGAUAUUAAGGAGAAAUCGAAUUCACAGCGGCAAACAAGUUGGUGUUUAUUUUUAUGAUAAUGGACAUGGGAAACUUGAAGACAAUGAUAUCUUUAAUCACCUGUACUCAGGAGUACAAAUAAGGACUGGAAGUAAUCCCGUUAUUCGAGGAAACAAGAUAUGGGGUGGCCAAAAUGGCGGUGUCCUCGUAUACAACAGUGGUCUGGGGUUACUCGAGCAGAACGAAAUAUUCGAUAACGCUAUGGCUGGCGUUUGGAUAAAGACAGACAGUAAUCCAACCCUCAAGAGGAACAAAAUAUUCGAUGGGCGGGAUGGUGGGAUAUGUAUAUUCAACGGCGGUAAAGGAAUUCUGGAGGAAAACGAUAUUUUCCGUAAUGCUCAAGCCGGAGUACUUAUAUCAACGCAAUCGUACCCAGUAUUGAGGAGAAACCGUAUAUUCGAUGGACUUGCUGCCGGUGUAGAAAUAACUAAUAAUGCAACUGCAACUUUAGAGUUUAAUCAAAUUUUUAAUAAUCGAUUUGGAGGAUUAUGUUUAGCAAGUGGAGUUCAGCCAACUUCAAGAGGUAAUAAAAUAUUCAGUAAUCAAGACGCUGUAGAAAAGGCCGUUGAAAACGGUCAAUGCUUGUAUAAAAUAUCAUCAUACACGUCGUUUCCGAUGCACGACUUCUAUCGCUGUCAAACGUGCAACACAACUGAUAGAAAUGCUAUUUGUGUCAACUGCAUAAAAACUUGUCAUGCUGGCCACGAUGUUGAGUUUAUAAGACACGAUAGAUUCUUUUGUGACUGUGGUGCAGGAACGUUAAGUAAUCAAUGCCAGCUUCAGGGUGAGCCUACGCAAGAUACUGACACGUUGUACGAUAGUGCUGCACCUAUGGAGUCGCAUACACUUAUGGUCAACUAGGAAUUAACUUAAUAAAUAAUAUUAAAAAUAAUAAUUACGGUAAUAAAUAAUUACAAGUAAAAGUAUAACAGGAAAAAAAAAAAAAAAAAAAAGAAUAAAAACAAAAAAAAAGGAAACAAAAGGAUAAACAAUCAAAUCAUCACGGAAUUGUGCGUCUUGAACGUGAUUGCAAACAACAUCACGGUAAUCAGUAACUGAAUUUUUUAUUAAGCGUAAUUUUUUUUAUUAUUUUAUGAUAUAUUAAUUAUCAUAAUAAUUAUAUAAUAAUAAUUAUAAUAAUUAAUGCGUAUCAUUAAGAUAUUUUUCAUUUUAAUUCAUCUCGAUCAUCUAUUUUUUCGUCGUUAUCGUCAUUAUAAGUAUUUUUUCAUCAUCAUUGUUAUUAUAUAUAUCAUUAAUAUUAUUAUUAUAACGUGAAGGUAGUAGUUAUUAAUAAUUAUUAUGUCAUUUGUCCCAUAUUUCAUAAUAAAUUAUGAAAAAUUGAAGAAAAAAAAAAAAAAAAAAAAAUUUUAAAAAAGUUUAAAAACUAGGCAAAAAUCUAAUUAACAAAACAAAAUAUCAAUCAUAGUGCUAUUUUAUUUCUCACUUAACAUCAAUUGUAUAAUAUUGAAUUGAAUCUCUCUCAUUAAAAUUUUUGGCACUACCCCAAUUAAGUUAAUGCGUGCCUGCGAUUUAUUUUGAAUACCGAGAGAGAAAUACACCGAGAAUGCUGAUAAUAAAUUAAUAUAAGGGAUCGAUCCCAUAGUUGUGUCGAUUUGUUUUAUAUAUGUCCAAUCGUUCUUGCGUGCUCAUGCGAUUGCGUCAGUGUCUGUGAGAACACCUAAACUAAUUUAAUUAUAAAUAAUAAUAAUAAUAAUAAUAAUAAUAAUAAUAAUAAUAAUAAUAUCAACUUGCAAUCUUUCGCGGUCGUUAUAUUGUUUUUAAUAAUUUUUUUGUUCAUUGUUUUGUUUAAAAAUGAUUAAUUAAUUAAUCAUCAAUAGUAUUUGAUGAGCUAGCAAAAACAUCGUAUUGAGCCAAUAUUAUGUAUAAAUACACUGCCACAAUUGUAAAUUGGGUAAAAGAUUUAAAGAA